AUGCUUCCUACACUGUUGAUGAUAAUUCCGAUCGGCCACCUGCUUCACUUUCUAACUAAAUCCCGGUGGCGAUCUCUCGAAAUUCGUUUACAAUCACCACUGAUUUUAUUAAUGGCUUGGUUACAGGUAGAAAGGGGGGGUUGGGGCUUUUUGUGCUUGUCUGAUCGAGAAGGAAAAACGAAAGCAGAAAAUGGGAAGCACCUCCGGUGCUUGACAGAUUCGAAGAAGGUGAAGAACGGAAGUAGCAAGGUUGCGUCUGUAGGUGCAAAGAAGGGCUUCUCGACUACUUCUCUUCUACUCCGACAGUUAGAUGCGAAAGGGAGGGGGAGAGCUAGUCCGAUGGAAGAAAACAAGCAACAACAACAUGUAAUCCAAGGGUGUUUGGCUGCUAUGGAGUCGACGAAAGAAGGAGAAAACGGGAGGGACCUAAUGUCCUCUUAA